UUACAGCUGCACGAGUUGUGUUUAUCAGAGGAAUAUGAGCAAGACUCCUGUGUUAAAAGCUUUCUCUUUUAUUUGUUUGUCCUGAAGAUUUUAAUACUUUCAGUUUUGUCUGCGGAGAGGAGGAUACACGAGAGAGAUAGAGAGUGUGUGUGUUUUUAUGAAACAAACAAAUGCGAUGCCGUUUUCAAGGACCAGUGUACGAAGUCAACUGAAAAUAUGAAUUUGAGUGAUCAUCAUACAUCAUCAUCAGAGAAUCCAGCUGAAAGACUGCUUCCUAGGUUUCUCUUACCAAACUCAGCUUAUGGACAAGGAAAUGGCUUUACUUCAAGAGACCGGAACGUGUUUGAGACUAGUCUUGUGAAGGCCAGGAGAAAAAUGAUUAUUGACCUUCAACUCCCUGCCGAUCAGUAUCUUGAUGAUACCAAUGAGAUCACAAUCUGCCCUCCAAUAUUCAAACGAUCUAAAUCUGGAAGAGGGGAUGAUGCUUCUCAUCGGAGCAACUCUUCAGGAUCUUGCUUGGAUGUGAGGAACUCAAAUGGCUUAUUAGCUGACUUGAAUGAGCCACUCAUAUGUCAAGAUUCAGAACCUCUUUCGCUCUCCAGGGAUACCUAUUCUCAUUAUAGGAGACACAGUGCAGAUGUUGCCACAAGUGAAAAUGGAUGGAUGGUCCUUGACGCAGCAGGGCACGACAGAAACACACAGAGAGACCUGCGUAUGCCUUCCCACUCUCUACAAUUACGUUCUAACAAUGCAGUUCAACCUCAGAGCUAUCCUACACCCGAUUACAGCAAUGUAAUAGCAUAUCGUGAGAUGGAAGCUCGUUCAGUGAAUCCUCAGGCUUCUUAUGAUAGCUACGUGGAAUCAAGUAUGUCAUCAUCUAACGCUCCAAGAUUACACAAUGACUACCGCACUGAUGACUUUGUCACACCAUGGAGCCAUCGGUCAUCAUCAUCAUGUGGGAAUCCUAGGAGCAGCUCACAACAGAAACCUUACUUAGUUCAGACGAAUCCAUACAUGAACUUUGUCACACAUGCAAGAGCGGAUUCGAGUAGUGAGAUGAGAAUCCAUGCCAUAUCUAAUUGGAUUCAUCAUGGAUUCUCUUCAGGACAGAGUUUUGAAAACCUCCAGGGACCAAAAAAGCAGGAAUGCUCGGCUGCUGUGUUGCCUUGGCUAAAACCUAAUCCCACUUACAAAAGUGAAGUACACAAUGGCUUAUUGGAUUUGAAUGCUUCAACAAAUCAAUUCAUGGUUGGAACUGACGCAGGAGAGGGCCUGGAAAGUGUUUCUCCUCCUCACAAGUGUUUCAGACCAUCUGCUUCAUGGUCUAAUAAUGCCAACACGGUAAGAGUUGAGAAGCAUACUUCCCUUAUCUCUCACUCCUCCUUGAGUGUAUCUGAUCAACAUAAGGAAGUGAAUCACUUGGUAAAUAAGAGAGACAUCGAUAUCAACUUGCCAUGUGAUGAUGAUUCCUCAGUCGUUUCUGUUGACCAGCAUGGUUCUAAAGCCUUUUGUGUUAAGAAUAAGGAAGAAGGAAACAAAGCUGCCAACAUCAGACACUACUUUGAUCUGAAUUCAUGUGCUAGCGAGGAAGAUGAUAAGGAUUCAGGCUUACAUUCUAGUCUAAGAGUGAAAACAAAAGGAACGUUUUGGAUAGAUUUGGAAGCUCCCCCAACUCUCGAGAGUGAAGAAGAUAUUGGAGAGAGCUUGCAGGAGCAGUCAGAUGAAAGCGAAGACGGAAACUCUUUGGAUGAACUCAUUAAGGUAGCUGCACAAGCAAUAGUCUCCAUGUCAUUGUCUGAUCAUCUUGAUGACGCAGCUUCCUCUUCAACAGAUGCGGCUUCGAAAAGUCUGCUCUCUUGGUUCGCAGACAUUAUAAUUUCUUGUGGUGAUGGUUCUCCAGAAGAGUAUUCUUCUGGAGAGAUUGACUACUUUGAAGCCAUGACCUUGAGUUUAAAACCAACUAAGGAAGAAGACUACAUGCCAGAGCCCUUAGUCCCUGAGAAUCUAAUACUCGAAGGGACAGGUUUGAACAGGCCAAGAAGAGGACAAGCAAGAAGAGGAAGACCGAAGCGGGAUUUCCAGAGAGAUACUCUACCUGGACUCCCUUCUCUAUCAAGGCAACAAGUCGCUGAAGAUAUCCAACUGUUUAGUGCGCUUAUGAAAACCAAAGAGUACACCUCCGGAGUAGCUGCUCGACAAAACUCUAAAAGAAGAAAAAGAACGAUCACUAACACAAGCCAAGCUCUAGUUUGCCAGUCAAUAGCAGAGCAAAUGAAUGAGAGCGUAUCAGUGGUUGGACGUGAAGACAGUAAGCUUACAGGAUGGGGACAAGCAACAAGAAGACCGAGGAGACAAAGGUGCCCUCCUCCAGGUAAUCUUAACAUGAUAGCUUCAGAACAUAAUGGGAACUUCCCAAGCCUUGUGAAACGUUACAGAGAGUACAAUUAGUAUUACUAUAGAUUUGAUGUUAUUGAUGUCACCUUUGGUUGGUUGUAAAACAGAUACAUAUGUUUAUUAUUGGAACUGUUUGAUGCUAAUGUAUAAAUCAUUUGGAAAAAUAAAAUCAGAAAGACCUGAUUAA